UUUACACCGUCUCUUCUGGAUUUUCAUUUUUCUUCUGAUUAUAGCGUGACGAACUUGCUUACUCCUUUGAACAGUGGACUUAUACCCUCCUCAUUAGCCUGCAAUGACCCAGUGCCUACCUUAAAUGUGACUGCCACCACUUACAUGCAGUCCAUCUCAAAUCAAACUCUUCCCAAGUCAUAUUACGCAACGUCUUAAACGAACCGAAUGAAUUGGCUUUCCGCUGUAUCCCAUCGCAAAUAACCUCUCGCACUCCCCAUACUAGCUCCCAGCACUAGCUGCGGGGCUCCAAACAAUGUCAAACAAUGCAGCCUACGCCGUGCCGCAGGUGAAAACAACCUCAACAUCCUCCAAAACAGGCUUCCACUUCGCCGCAGGUCUCUGCUCCGGCCUCACCUCCUCUAUCCUCCUCCAACCCGCCGACCUCCUCAAAACCCGAGUGCAACAAUCCCAAAACGCCUCUCUCCUCCCAACCAUCAAGACCAUCCUCUCCUCCCCCAACCCAAUCCGCAACCUAUGGCGCGGCACUCUCCCCUCCGCCCUUCGCACCGGCUUCGGCUCAGCCCUCUACUUCACAAGUCUCAAUGCCCUCCGCACAGGCAUAGCCCAAUCCAGCACCCCAAUCCCUAACAAUGGAACCGCCACCUCCUCAUCAUCCGCCCUCCCCAAACUCUCCAACACCGCAAACCUCACCACCGGCGCCGCCGCCCGCGUUGCCGCCGGCUUCGUCAUGAUGCCCGUCACCGUGCUGAAAGUCCGGUACGAGUCGGACUACUACGCCUAUCGGAGUCUGGUCGGCGCGGGACGGGAUAUUGUCCGGACAGAGGGGAUCCGCGGUCUAUUUUCUGGGUUCGGAGCGACAGCCGCGCGAGAUGCGCCGUAUGCAGGGCUGUAUGUUCUUUUCUACGAACAGCUGAAACGGCAUCUGGCGGGUUUGGCGAACAGCUCUCCCUCGUCGGAUCAGCAGCCGUUGAAAUCGUCAACCAUCAACUUCGUCUCUGGGGGUUUGGCUGCUGGAUUGGCCACGGCGAUUACGAAUCCGUUUGAUGCGGUGAAGACGCGGUUGCAGCUCAUGCCUGGAAAAUACGGAAACAUGAUGCGGGCGGUGAAUUUGAUGGUCCGGGAGGAUGGGAUGAGAAGCUUGUUUGGGGGGUUGGGGUUGCGGAUUACGAGAAAGGCGCUCAGCUCUGCGCUUGCUUGGACGGUUUAUGAGGAAUUGAUUCUGAGGGCAGAUGUGCAGUGGGGGGCCAAGGGGGCGUAAAUGGUAGGGUAGCCUUUUCCUUAUGGGUCGGAGUUUUUGUUACGGGGAUAGAAAUGGGUUCGGAUACAGGUUGCAUAUCAUUAUCAUCACCAUCAUCAUCAUUGUAUCAUAUAGUAUAUAACUG